UCCGCUCCUUAUCAGUUGGCUAAAUUGCGUCAGUGUGGGAAAAAUGCACUUCGUGCCCUAAUUUGAUAAAUACUCGUAUGACCUAAAACCAUUGCGCUGUCAAUUCUUGGCACUUUAGCGAUCGACCACAAAUAUAUUGAGACUUUGCCUUCUGUAUGAUCUAUUUAAGUUGACCUUCUAGAUAUUUUCUAACCUGACAAAAAUGUAUUGCUAAUCGAAGAAUAAAGAACAGUGCGUUGAGAUACAAUUUUGCACUAAAACUUCCUUUUUUAAAUGAACUAUUAGGAUUAAUUAUAUCUACAUUCGUCACUCCAUGAAAUCAAAAAUAUACGAGUAAUUUACUGCUGCUACCAAAUAAAUUAUGUCCCAGUUUGCCUAAAGUACCACUAUAAUUAACAUUUUGAUAAGCAUCUUAUCUCUUUAAACGAAUUAACAUUAAACUGUUGUUGAAUAGAAUUUCAAAGUAGCAUGUAGGCUCUUUUAUUUUUACAAUUUAGUAAAUUCAGUGGUCAUAAUAAAGCAGCUGCAAAUUGUGAGAUGCUUGUAAAUAGAAACAUGGUGAGGCUUUUGUGUCUAAUGAUCUGUUUUGCAGGAGCAAUUGAAUCUAUACAUGUGGCAGUUUACUAUGAAGCGCUUUGCUCAGACAGCGUAUAUUUUAUUACGAGGCAGCUCUAUCCAAACUAUCAAUUAUUUAAGGAUCAUAUGACUGUCGAAUUCAUUCCAUAUGGAAAAGCAAUACACACAUUCGACAACACGACCGGGAAAUACACAUUCAGUUGUCAGCAUGGCAAAGAAGAAUGCAAAGGAAAUAAGUUUCAAGCUUGCGGUUUAGCUCAGAUAGCUAACGAAGAAGAACGACUUGACUUCGUUACUUGCGUGAUGUCAGCCAGCAAUCCUGCAAAUAUCUUCUACUUAGAAAAUUGUGCAAAAAAAUCCACGCUGGACUUUUCUGCGAUGACAAAAUGUGCCAUAUCUUCUGAAGGCGACAAACUGUUGGCUUCUUAUGGAGAUAAAACCUGGAACCUGGAACCAAAUCUUUCAUAUGUUCCUACAGUGGUUUUUAAUCAUUCUGUUGAAAUAAAUUUUAGCGACAUGAAUAAGUCCCUUGUAGAUUUCAAAUCUGUUAUGUGCAGCAAAAUCGAGCAAAAUCACCCAGAUGUCUGCAAAAGUAGAAGUUUUAUGUCUAGAAUUAAGCAAUUUUUUUCCCAACAAUUUUGAGAUAACAUGUUAUUAAUAACAAUUUAAUAACAACAUCUACUAGGAUGAUAAAGUUCUCAACCAAGAUUGGUUUUCUCUGACGCUAAUUCGACAAAAAUUCAACGAUUCACAAUUCAAUUAACAAAUUUGUCUCCUUAUUUAAUAAAACAAAAGUUCAAUUGAUUUAUCUAUUUCGAUUACUUACUGGUUAUUGUAAUAAAACCUAGUCCAUUAAUAACAAAGAAAAUAAUCCUAAGAUACUGAAUAUCGAACUAACACCUAUAGUACAUUUUUUAGUAGGUAGUGACAUUGAUAUUUUAAUAUUCUAUUGUGAAGCUACAUCAGUCCGUUUAAUUAUACGGUGAUUUCAUAAAUUACCAAUUCAUCUGGACAUUCGUUACUGAAAAAUUACGGUCAAACGAUAACCAUGUAUCAAAACUAGAAUAAUAAGCUGUGUGUGAAUUGAUAAUAACGACAGUGCACACAAAAUCAUAAUAUCAACUUUUGUCUUAUGGAAAAUAUUAUUACAUUCAUAGGAAAUUGAUGUAGUUGUUCAUCAAAUAAUAUGGCUAAAUGCCUGAUGAAGCAUUUUUCUUUUUUCAAUAUAAUUUCCAAUAUGAGUUAAGAGUUUUGCUGGCAAAUACUAGGCAACAUAAUAACGACUUUGAAAGCAUCUUAAGCACGUUUAAAUAAACAAGUUUAACUUUAUGUUUCAUUAAAAUUCAAUGCAUUUUACAAGCAUUUUACAAUAUAUAACCCCUUCGAAUAAAAGCAAAGAAAGUAAAUCAAUUCUAGUUACAUGUUUUUAUUUUUUGAGUGGUUUUGUCCACUCAGAUUUUUUUAAGGUUUGCGUCCUCAGUGAAGUAUCAGGAAAUAGAAAUUAAUAUACAAUAAAUACUAAACAUCUGCACUGUGCGCCGAUUUAUUUUAGUAAGGGAUUAAAAAACAGUAGCCAAAAUAUACAAAAUCCUUUCAAUGUUAAGUUGUGGACAAAUUUUGUAAACAUUUUACUUUAGUUAAAGAGCCACUAAGUAAUUAUGUUAAGUAAAUUUAAAAUCUAGCAGAUGAGUUACAAUCAUACAUAGCGUUAACAGAUGGAUUAUAAAUUAUUUUUAAACAGAAAUAUUUCCGUUCCUAAAAUUAUUUCUAUUUCUAGAUUUGAGAUGUUCAAACAUAAUUAAAACCAUCAUGAGUA